GAGGAUUGUGCUGCUUCUUCUAUGAAUGGGAGAAUUUUCCCCAGGGUUUCUCCAUCUCUCUUUGUUUACACCCUUGUCAACUACUUGAGCAGGGCUCUCGGUUCAUGGCGCAAGUUAAACACGAGUGUCAUUUCUACAAUGGGACACAGCGCGUGUGGCUUUUGGACAGAUACUUCUACAACCAAGAGGAAAACGUGCGCUUUGACAGUGAUGUGGGCAAGUACCUUGCUGUGACCAAGAUGGGGGAGCUGGAGGCCGAGAACUGGAACAGCCGGAAGGAGCUCCUGGAGGAUGCACGGGCCGGGGUGGACACGUACUGCAGAUACAACUACCGGAUUUUGGAGAGCUUCACUGAGCAGCGGAGAGUUGAGCCUGUGGUAACUGUGUAUCCCACAAAGACAGAGCCCCAGGAGCACCACAACCUCCUGGUAUGCUCUGUGAGAGGCUUCUACCCCAGCCAGAUUGAAAUCAGAUGGUUCCGGAAUGGCCAGGAGGAGAAGACUCGGGUCGUGACCACGGGCCUGAUCCGGAAUGGAGACUGGACCUUCCAGACCCUGGUGAUGCUGGAGACGGUUCCUCAGAGUGGAGAGGUUUACACCUGCCAGGUGGAGCAUCCCAGCCUGACCAGCCCUGUCACAGUGGAGUGGAGGGCUCAGUCCUCAUCUGCACAGAAGAAGAUGCUGAGUGGAGUCGGGGGCUUCAUGCUGGGUCUGCUCUUCCUCGGGCUGGGACUGUUCACCUACUUCAGGAACCAGAAAGGACAGUCUGGACUCCAGCCAACAGGACUCCUGAGCUGAAGUGAGCUGACAAGGCUGAAGGAAUGAACUCUCCUGUCUCCACGUCAUGAAAUCAUGUCCUGCCUGGCUCAAGUUCCUCCACUGACAGUUUUUUUUCCAGGACCUGGCUCCUUCUGGCUCUGGGCCCUGCAGAUCUGUCCUCCCUGAUGACACAACCCCUGCCUCGGCCUGCAGCCCUGGGACAGAAGUCUUUCCAUUUUGUCCCCUGCCCUUUGUCUGGAGCUUCUGAGCCAGGCUGCUGCCAUGAUGAAUUCUUUCAUUUUUCACAAACAAGGAUGAAAAUCACCUGCUUCAUGGAUUUUGGAGGAGAAGAAACUCAAAGAGAAAGGAAUGAUCCACUGUAAAACAGUUCGUGCGUGAUACACAUGGCAAAUUUUGUAUAAGA